CAGAUGGAAAAAGAAAAGAAAAAAUAAAAAUAAAUCUAGGCGUAUCGGAGGUACCAGCUUCUCAUUUCAAUCACUCGGAUCGAAUUGCACACACUACACGCACUACUUCCGCCUUCUUUCACGACUUUUCUCUCUACCUAUAUAUACAGAUCAGUUGUAUGUAUGUAUUUGUACUAUACUGUUCUUUUCUACUUAAGUAUCGAAGUUCGAUCUUAGUUUUCGAAGAUAAUUGUUCGAGUAGAAGCUUGUAGCUGCUUAAUUUGAAGUCAAGUUUGGAUCUUUACUCGUAAUUUUUGUGAAAGCAGCUGAAUUGGAGAUUUUUACGACUUGAGAAGAAACCCUAGCUUAAGGGUUUUGCUUUCCUAGGUGUUCAAGCUAUAGCUAAUUUGGGUUCUUUUUUUUUUUGGUCGUCCUUAAAUUCUAGGGUUUUGGUGGGAAUAUGGGCUUUGAGGUGUUUUUGGAAGUGAUUUUAGAUGUGGCCGGUCCUGAUUGAAGUUUGUGUAAUUAGGGUUUUUAAGUUAAGGGUUUUUGGGGAUUUUUUCAUUUCUCGGGUUUAUGAGGUAACAGUGUUGUAAAUUAUGGUUGUUGUGGUGUGUUUGUAGAUGUGUAGAGGGUAGUUGGAGAAUUACUAGAAGCUGUUGUUGUUUUGUUGUAGAGAAGUGUGAAUUUUAAUUUUCUGAGGUGAAAAGUUUGGAUUUUUGUGGAGUAAUAAGGGAAGAGUGGGUCAGAAAAGAUGUUUUAUUCGCAGUUUAUAUUGGCAAAAAAGGGGCCUUUAGGAACUAUAUGGAUUGCAGCACAUUUGGAACGGAAGCUUCGAAAAAAUCAGGUGGCUGAUACCGAUAUUGGUGACUCUGUAGAUUCAAUUCUUUGCCCUGAUGUUCCCAUUGCAUUGCGGUUGUCAAGCCAUCUUCUACUUGGCGUAGUGAGGAUAUACUCUAGGAAGGUCAAUUACCUUUUUGAUGAUUGCAGUGAGGCUUUGCUUAAGAUCAAGCAAGCUUUUCGCUCCACUGCUGUAGAUUUACCUCCUGAAGAAUCUAAGGCACCUUAUAACUCAAUCACUUUGCCAGAGACUUUCGAUCUUGAUGAUUUUGAGCUGCCAGAUAAUGACAUCUUUCAGGGUAAUUUUGUGGAUCAUCACAUUAGUUCGAGGGAACAGAUCACCCUUCAAGAUAACAUGGAGGGUGUGGUUUAUUCGACGUCUCAGUUUGGACUGGAUGAGAGGUUUGGUGAUGGGGAUACUUCAGGCCUAGAUCUCGACGAGGAAUUAUUAAUGGGCAAGAUUGAUGUUGCAGGCCAUUCUGGUUUGAGUGCUGAUCCCCAGGCAUCUGUCCAUUCAAUGACACCUCUGAAGCUAGAUGAAGAUCAUCAAGGGAUGCCUGCGAACCCUGAAACAGUGAUUGAAGAUGUUAAUGAAGAUGCAGAUCUGAUGGACUACGCUCAGGCUCCUCGUACUCCUGGACUUGUUGAAGAGCCUAACUUAUCUAAUGUACAAGAGACGUCGGCAUGUGAUGAUCAUAUUGAAUCUGAAGAUAACCAUUUGAUGGAAUCUGCAGUGAAGGAGAACUUGGAGAACACUUUCAGCAGAUCAAAUCUUCACCAAGGGAAUGAGCAUAUGGUUGGUUGGUCAAUGCCUAUUGACACUAAUACUGAUGUGGCUCCUUUUGUGCCUUGUGAGGAGAAUGGGUUUCAUUCAAGUGAUUUGGGGAUUAAACCAGGCGUGUCUCCUAGUGAAGUUAACACUGAGGACAUGUCAUCAAAUGAUCAUGCUGUAGCUGGAGUUGGAGUCGUCUGUCAGGGACCAAAAUUGGCAGAUGAUGCAAUUGCAAUUUCUGAUAGUUUGAACAGGGAAAAAGAAUUACGUUGUGGAAAUGUCAAAAUUGUGGAUGAUGUUCCAUCCUUUCGUCUGUCCCAUGAUGACCAUGGAGAAAUCACUGGAGUUAUCUCUGAAGGGUUUGACGAGGGUGUUUUAGGUUCGGCUAGUUCAUGCUUGCAAGUAACCGAAGGUGGAGAAAAAUCUAAUAAUAUGAAUAAUAAUGCAAUUUCGGAAAGACCAUCCUCUCCUAGAGAUGGAUUGGAGUUUGGAGCUGAAUUACUGGGUACAUCUGGCCUUGAGAGGCCUGAAAGUAUAGCAUGUGUUGAGCCUAAAAAUUCUCAAAAUUCAAACCUGGUUCUUGAGAAUGGAGUUCCCUGUGAUCAAAUUCAUGUUCUUAGGUCGUGUAAUGCGGAAUUAGGUGAGCUUGAUUCUUCGCAUGCUGUAGCUGAACAUAGUGUUGAUCUUGAACCAUCCGAUAGAGCUGCUCUACCUCUGGAAACUUCUAAAACAGUGGAGAUAUUGCAGGCUUCUGGGGAUUCUACUGUGGUGCAAGGUGAAAUAUGUAACUCAGUUGAUGAUUCAGGACAAAGUUUAAAGGAAAACCAUACGACAGUACCUGCUUCACUUGAAGACAUUCAUGCAGGUUCUGGUAAUUUAAAAAGUUCCGGGGAUAUUGAUUUGCCUGCACCUGAGAAAUUGUUAUCAGUACCUGAAGGGUUUGGUGAUCGACCAAGGAGCAUGUUGAUGGAGGUUACACCAGGAGAUGUGGGAGGCGUGGAUGAAAGUGAUGCUGGGAGCAGAAUUGUUUCUGGAAAGAAGCGUAGUUACACUGAAAGUACGCUUACUGAGCAGAGUCUAAAUUCAGUGGAGUCCUCUAGGGCAGUGCGCACCAAAAAAACGGUAGAGGCUGUUCCUGAUGACGAUGAUUUGCUGUCUUCCAUUUUAGUUGGAAGGAAAUCUUCUGUUUUGAAAAUGAAGCCAACACCGCCUCCUUCUGAGAUAACCUCUCUGAAGCGCCAUCGAUCAGCUCCACGGACCAGUACCUCAAAAAGGAAGGUUCUCAUGGAUGAUACCAUGGUUUUGCAUGGCGAUACAAUUCGCCAACAGUUGAUGAAUACUGAGGACAUACGCCGCUUAAGAAAGAAAGCUCCCUGCACACGCCCUGAAAUUGCAAUGAUCCAAAAGCAGUUCUUGGAAGAUGAAAUUUUUGGGGAUUCAAUAUUUUCGGGAGUGUCAAUAUGCUUGGCCUGUCUUCAUAAUCAAAGAUAUGAUAUAAGUGGAAUCACAAUCUGUAAGAAUGAAGAAAAUGAUGCUACUCUGACAUCAGCGACAGACCUGAAACUAACUUCAGUAAAUGAAGAGAAUGCUGAAAACCUUUGUAUUGAAAAUACUAUGGACUCCAGUGGACAGCAAGCUGUGGCAAGUGAGAUCGAUGGUGGUGGUGUACUUGCAACAGCUAGAGAUAAUGGUGAAAUGCAACCAGCUCAGACUUGUGAACUAAAUGAUAAUAAGGUUGGUGAAGAUUGUGACCCAAAUAUGGAUGAUAACAGCAAGGAAGUGCAAAUGAAGACUGGUGAAGAUUUAGUACUAGCUGAGCCUGAGUAUUUUCAGAAUUUAGCUGAAACUGAAAUUGAUGGUAGAAGUUCAAUUGCUGGAGCAGUAAAUCCUGCUUCUCUGCUUGAGUUUGAGAAAAAUAAUCUUGUCUCAGGUGAUAUUGGUGACAUGGACAGAGUCCAGACUUCUUCACUUGAUAAAAGGAGUGAGAUGGAUGAUCUGUUGCGGAUGGAUGAACUGCUUCUUUCAUCUGAUGAGAAGCGACAAUCAGAAUGUGUUGGGGUGGACAAUUCAGCAGCGGAUGGAGUUAUUGGAAAAGUAAAUGAUGAUAAUGAUGACACAUAUAAAGCUGAUGCUUUUGUUGUUUCACUCGAAACUGAAGCUAGUGUAGGAGAUGGAUUUUCACUGGACGCCAUCCAAGGUGGUGCAACAGCAGAAACUGAAAGAGAUACCAAUUGUCUAGUGUUGGAAAAUAAUGCUUUUGGUUCUUCAAUCGAAAUGGCAAGAGAUAUGGAUGGAAGAGUGGAAACUAAUGACCAGAUCUGUGAUGGUAUAGUCGGUGAACGACCAAUUAUCAGCACAUCUAGUGCUCCAGAAAAUGUUAGUUGGCAAGCUGCUACUUUUCAUGAAGUGCAACAUCCAAUGCAGCAUGGUUCUUAUGGUGACAGCACGGUUGAUCCAGAAAUUUCUCUCAUCGAUGCACAUGAUCAUGAGGACUUAAAUUAUUCGGCUGCUGCUAAUGACACAGAGUUUCUUAAUUUUGAUGAUGACGAAGUAGCUGAAGUAACUGAUGACUAUACACCGAAUGCUGAAGAAAUUCGUUUUAUCGAGAACAGUGGGUGGUCUACCCGUACGAGAGCUGUUGCCAAGUAUCUCCAAACAGUGUUUGUAAAAGAGGCGGAAUGCGGUAAGAAGGCUUUUCCCAUGGACAAUCUGUUGAUUGGUAAAACCCGCAAGGAGGCGUCAAGGAUGUUUUUUGAGACUUUGGUUCUUAAAACGAGAGAUUACAUCCAUGUAGAACAGGAGCGACCCUUUGGUAACGUUACCUUAAAGCCUCGGACAAAGCUUUUUAAAUCAGACUACUGAGAUCCGAAAUUCUAGAUAUCGGAGACUGGAAUAAUAGAUGAAAAGGAGGAUAUAUGUACUUUCGUAGGCAGGGGGCAGCUUAAUUUGAUUUGGUGGGGGUUUAUUCUUACUUCAUUCUUUUCAUGUUUAAAAAGAUGUAGUAGUUUAUAGCUUAGGUAGUCCUAACAGUUGGGGCUUGUAGAACAUCAGUGUAACAGGGACAACAGCAAUUAGGUGUAUAUAUCAUCAUGUAAAAUUAGUCUUCCUGCUAAUUAUAUAUGUUAUGCCAAUGGAAAUUCCGUUUUUGCUCUUCC